UUGGCCUCACAUUUAUAAACGACAACACACACAGACAGACACUCCUCUCUCUCUCUCUCUCUCUCUCUCUCUGAGGAAAAACAUGACAAGCAGCUCCGCUCUGUCACGCAAGGCUUUAAGCAAGAUCGCUUGCAACAGGCUGCAAAAAGAGCUCGCAGAAUGGCAACUCAAUCCUCCUUCAGGCUUCAAGCAUAAAGUCACUGAUAAUCUCCAACGAUGGGUGAUUGAAGUGAAUGGAGCCGCAGGGACUCUGUAUGCGAAUGAAACUUAUCAGCUUCAAGUUGAUUUCCCUGAACAUUACCCUAUGGAAGCACCACAGGUGAUUUUUGCCCCGCCGGCUCCUCUGCAUCCUCACAUCUACAGCAAUGGACAUAUCUGUUUAGACAUACUGUAUGAUUCAUGGUCCCCGGCUAUGACUGUUAGUUCUAUCUGUAUCAGCAUUCUCUCUAUGUUAUCGAGCUCAACGGUGAAGCAACGUCCUGCUGACAACGAUCGUUAUGUGAAGAACUGUAGGAGUGGCCGAUCUCCCAAGGAGACAAGAUGGUGGUUCCAUGAUGACAAGGUUUAAUUCCAUUAUGUAUCUGUCAUCUGUGUAUAACAAGGCUAUAAGUUCCAUUUAUCAUGGAUGAUGUGGAACGGGGCCUGGCAAGGCUUGGAGCCGCCAUAGCUCUGGUAACCACUUUACUUUUUUCCUUGGCCGUGAAUCACGUACCUGGUAUUUUUUUUCUUUGUACCUUGAUGCCACCCUUAGGGGCUUGCAAGCAAUAUAUAUAAUAUUAAUCAAGGAGAACAACUUAUAUGGCUUCUCCCUUUAUUACUA